CGAACACACAAGAUCUCGGACGACGCACACUUUUCCGGAAGUGAUAGAACCAUCCCAGAACAAAACGCAAUGGGCAAACAAAGCAAAUCGAAAACGGUCGAACCCGCCAACGACGAUAAAGAUGGAAAUAGUGUCGUCGAAAUGGAAAUAAGCGAUGAAGAAUACCAAGAGCUACUCUCCCAAGCGAAAGAACUGACUCUGGAAGAGGCUCAGGAAGAGUGGAUGGAGAGCUGUCGGUACGGCGAAGUGGACGUGGUGCGGGCACUGGCAGAAAACUUUCCAUCCUCUCAAGAAACUCUCAUCGGAUUCGUCCAUCCCGAUACCGGGAAUACGGGGCUGCACAUGGCCAGCGCCAACGGGCACACCAAUGUCGUGAAGCUGCUGGUUCGACAAUACGGACACUCGUUCACAAAAAAUGCUUCCGGUAACACACCGCUACACUGGGCGGCCGCGAAUGGCAAGGCCGAGGUCGUCAAGUUUUGGACGAGCCAAACAAUUGUUGAGGUAGAUGUUUUGGAGAAAAAUGCGCAUGGCCGAUCGGCUCUGACGGAGGGAUUCUCGUCCCAAAACGAAGACGUGGUGGCCGCUAUCCUGGAACACGAUUCGGCAUCGGAAGAAAAACUCUUGUCGACGGGAAGCCAAAAGGGCACGGGUGGGAACGAAGAUGGAGAAGAAGAACUGCUAGAUUCGCACGUUCACUCUUUUUUCGACAAAGAACGGCCCCUGAAAAUCAGGGAACUCGCCAUGAAGAAUGCAGACAACCCGUUUGCAGACACAGAUCGGCCGGACCAAGACACCACGGGAUUGUCCAUCUGGUCUGCUUCGUUGGUGAUGGCGCGAUGGAUGCAGGCCGUUGGAAUGACCGGUUAUUGGAAGGAUUCUAGCGUCCUAGAGCUUGGUUCGGGGUGUGGCGUGCCGGGACUUAUGGUGGCAACCUCUGAUGCUUCGCGACCGAGGCGAAUGUUCCUGACCGAUCUCAACCCACAGACAGUGGACAAUCUGCGAUACAACAUUGAAUUGAACGAGGUUCAGGAUUUUGUCGAAGCAAAGUGCAUGGACUGGGAAGAUAAAUCUACCUGGCCCGAGGAAAAAGUCGAUCACGUCAUUGGGUCGGAUCUGAUUUACAUCAAAUCCUUGGUUCCUCUGCUUACAUCCGUUAUUUUCGGAACCAUAAAGCCCGGGGGGAAGUUCUUGUAUGUCUGCCCCGACACGGGUAGGGACGGACUAGAUGCUUUCGUGGAGGCCAUGAAACAAAAGUGCCCGGGUUGGGUUGAACAAGUAGCCCCGAAAGAAUAUCACUCCAACCCACUGACGAACGAAGACGACGAAGAAUGUUUUUUGCACUUUCAAGAGCUAUCCUCCUUGACAUACAUGCUCUACGAGUUUCCGAUCCCAAAUAAUAAUUAGUGAGCUAUAACGACUCCAGUAUUGAGAUUCCCGACAAUGGAAGAAUAUCUCGGAACAAUUAUAACCAG